AUGGCUUCAGGAGUUGUCAAUUGCAAUAACGGUGAAGUUCCUCAGUCCGUCUCCUUCUCCGGGUCUGGAUUCAUGGCCACCUACCAGUUAGGGGUGGCCCAGUGUUUCCUGAACUAUGUUCCCUGGAUUCUGCGCACAGCUCCGUAUGUUCUCGGUGCGUCUGCUGGAUCUCUGGUGGCAGCUGCUGUGGUCUGUGAGAUGAGCCCAAUCACCAUUCGGGAUGAGAUAAUACACUUUGCCAAACAGAUGAAGGCAUUUACACUCGGGCCAUUCAACCCCUCAAUCAAUGUGCUCCACUGGUUGGAGAGUAUUUUGAACAAGUACCUUCCCCCUGAUGCACACCACUUUGCCAGCGGUCGUCUCGCUGUGGCUAUGACCCGUCUGAGUGAUGGCAAGCACAUAGUGAUGACUGAGUUUCAGUCCAAAGAGGAUGUAGUACAGGCCCUGCUUUGUAGCUGCUUUGUGCCUUGGUACUGUGGAAUUCUGCCCCCAUCCUUCAAAGGAGAAUAUUAUGUAGAUGGAGGUUUCAGUGGGAUGCAGCCUGUACUGUCCUGCAGCAACACGUUGACAGUGUCCCCGUUCUCCGGAGAGACCGACAUCUGCCCCUCGGACACGCCGUGCAUUUGGGACAUGGUGGUGAGCGGAUCCACGCUGAAGGGCAACAUGGCCAACAGCUUCAGGGUCAUCAACGCUCUUUACCCCAUGGCUUUAGAGACGCUGGAUCAAGCCUACUACAGUGGCUACAAAGACACCAUUGAUUUUCUUAAGCGCAAUGGUUGGUCAAAAUACUAUGAAAAAUUGUAG